AUGUACUUCAGAGGGUCUAAGCCUUGGGGUCUAUGUGGGAUCCGUUUUCAUCUGGAUAUUUUCAUCACCUUUGCAGGCUGGGCCUUUGGCCUAACCAGUGCCAAGAAGUCAAGCCCGGAGACCGGUAGACUGAUAGCCAGUCUUCAGGCGGCUCCCGCUCCAGCGCCACCCCAGAGCGUCAUCUACAAGCUUCCCCCUCAGCACUACUACCCUCCGCCACCACCGCCUCCACCUCCACUGCCGCCGCAGCAUUGCAAUUGUCCGCCGGGACCACCGGGUCCACCAGGACCUCCGGGUCUACCGGGAACACCUGGACCCCAGGGCUCAAAGGGGCACAAGGGCGAGAAAGGGGACCGUGGAGAGAAGGGCGAGCGCGGGCGCUACGGAUUACCAGGACCACCAGGUAUUCCCGGACCCAUUGGACCACCCGGCCUACCAGGACCUCCUGGACACAAGGGAAAAGAUGACCACCAUGGUCACCAUGAUCACCACGAUCAUCACCAUCACCAUCACCCGCCGCCUCCUCCGCCGCCACCUCCUCCACCGCCGCCUCCUCCGCCGCCACCACCACCACCGCCUCCUCCACCGCACCAUCCUCAUCACCACCCCUCUCCCCCUUCUGUGAUAAUUCCUUUUCCGGUAAUUCCACCACCAUCGAAAGGCGGACAUCACCACCACCACAAGGGAUCCAAGGGACCGCCAGGCCCACCAGGACCUCCCGGAAUGAGUGUCCCCGGCCCUCCAGGACCUCCAGGCACCGUGUAUCCUCCACCACCUCCUCCUCCUCCUCCUCCACCACCACCUUAUCCCGCACCAUAUCCUCCAGCUCCUUAUCCACCACCCUCCCCGUGGAUUCCAGUGCCAGUGCCAGUCCCAGUGCCAUGGCCAUCCAAAGGUCAUCACAAGGGUCACCACAAGGGAGAUAAAGGUCACAAAGGCGACAAGGGCGGUCACCACCACCAUUACUACCCACCCCCGCCACCUCCUCCUCCUCCACCACCGCGCCCACCACAUCACCAUCAUCCCUCGCAUCAUCACGGUCAUCAUCCCUCGCACCAUUACGGGGAUGGAUGGCACAACCCCGGAGAUGGCCACCACCACAAUCACGGAGAUGGCCACCACCACAAUCACGGAGAUGGCCACCACCAUAACCACGGAGAUGGCCACCACCACAAUCACGGAGAUGGACAUCAUCAUCAUCCUUCCUCUAAUCAUGGUGGACACAACCACGGAAAGGGAGGAUCCAGCCACUAUCCUCCUCCACCUCAUAGUGGAAAAGGUGGAAACAGCGGACACAAGGGAGAUCCCAAGGGGGAAACCCCACCACCCAAGCCCACCGAUCCAGAGGAGGGAAGUGGCGAUAAGCGUGGUGAUAUCCUAGAGUUCCUAGACAACGAUGUCGAAAUUGUGGAAAAUCUAGACAACCUAGUCGAUGAGAACGACAUUGCAGAGGAACAGGAUGAAACACCAUAUGAUCAAACGGUGUAUGAGACCGAUCCCGAGGAGAUCGAUUACAGUAACUAUUACGAAAACAACCUGAACCAGGUUCAGGCUGAGACCAAUGAUUCCAUUGAAGAGGCAUACCAAGAGGAACCCAAUUUAGAUGCGGAAACCCAAGGCGAAGCCGUCGAAGAUCAGGAAAUGGAAAAUCAGGAAGAACCCAUCACGGAGGAACCAAUCGAGGAACAACUGCUAGACCAAAUGGAUGUUGGUACGGGAUUGGAUGAGAACCAAUCUUAUGAGACAGAUCAGAUCGAGGAACGUACUAACAAAGGACCUAUAGUGCUGGCCAUAGGGACACCAAGAAACCCCUUCCAUUUUUAUGCCUAUGAACAGUAUAAUUAAAAAACAUGCCACUGAUAUACGUAAAUA